GAGGGGCCCGGGGACGGGCACCGGGAGCUGGACCAGGACCGGGACCGGGACCGGGACUGGGACUGGGACCAGGACCGGGAUUGCGACGAGUCCGCCCCGCUGCUGCCGCCGCCGCCGCCCAGCAGCCCGCCCACCGGCUCCUCCUUCGGCUGCGCGGUGCUGAACCUGAUGAACGCGAUCAUGGGCAGCGGGGCGCUGGGCUUGUCCUUCGCCAUGGCCAGCACGGGCGUCCUGGGCUUCAGCAUCUUGCUGCUGCUUGUUGCCAGCCUUGCCUCUUACUCAGUGUUUCUUCUGCUCAGUAUGUGCAUUCAGACUGCUGUCAUGUCUUAUGAAGACCUUGGCCUGUUUGCAUUUGGAUCAACUGGAAAGGUCCUUGUUGCAACUACAAUAAUUAUCCAGAAUAUAGGAGCUAUGUCAUCUUAUCUUUUAAUUGUUAAGUCUGAACUUCCUGGUGCUGUUGCGGGCUUCUUAAGUGGAGACGAGAGCGGGUCCUGGUACCUUGAUGGGAGACUGCUGCUACUCAUUACUUCGGUCUGCAUUGUUUUUCCCCUUGCACUUCUUCCUAAAAUUGGCUUUCUUGGCUACACAAGUAGUUUAUCAUUUUUCUUUAUGGUGUACUUUGCUCUUGUGGUGAUGAUAAAAAAGUGGUCCAUCCCUUGUCCUCUACCUCUGAAGAGUGCAAUAGAACCUUUACAGGUUUCAAAUUCUACUGCGGACUGUAAAGCAAAGCUCUUUCAUCUUUCAAAGGAGAGUGCUUAUGCAAUACCAACUAUGGCCUUCUCUUUUCUCUGCCAUACCUCGGUCUUGCCGAUUUACUGUGAGCUCCAGAGUCCAUCCAAAAGUAGAAUGCAGAAUGUAACUGUCACAGGAAUUGGCCUGAGUUUCCUAAUUUACUUUAUGUCUGCUUUGUUUGGGUAUCUGACAUUUUAUGACAAAGUGGACUCUGAAUUGCUGCAAAGCUACAACAAGUACCUGCCACAUGAUACUGUCAUCCUGACUGUUAAAUUAGCCAUACUGUUUGCUGUGCUUUUGACAGUCCCUCUAAUCCACUUCCCAGCAAGGAAAGCAGUAUUGAUGCUAUUUUUCUCUCAUCUUCCUGUGUCGUGGAUUUGCCAUAUCUUUGUCACUUUAGCACUGAAUACAAUUGUUGUUUUGUUUGCAAUGUAUGUGCCAGACAUUAAAAACAUGUUUGGAGUAGUUGGUUCAACCACGUCAACAUGUUUGCUUUUUGUAUAUCCUGGACUAUUUUAUCUGAAGCUUAGCAGAGAGGACUUUUUAUCACCACAGAAACUUGGGGCAUGUGCAUUGGUUAUUUUUGGCGUUUGUGUUGGUCUUCUCAGUUUAAUUCUAAUAAUUUUCAAUUGGAUUAAUCAGUAACAGCAUAUUGUUACUGUCUGAAGUGGGCUUCAGGAGGACGUCAAGAACCAGAGAUUUGUCAAAACUACUGAAAUGAAUGCUGAACAGCCUAAAGAAAUCACUGUCAAAGAAAUAAUCCUCUUUUUUUAGUCCGUUAGUAAUGUUCCUUCUUUAAUCUCGAGAAGGAACUCUCCAGUUAUUGCACAAUAAGUCUUUGCCAUUCUAAAAUAUUAGUUUUUAAUGACAUAAUCAUGACAGGUAAAAAGAUCUCUUGAGAAUUUCUGCAAUGCAAAAACAGUUUAGUGCACAUGGUGAACAAAAGCAGAACCUUGAAAUAACUUUUCUUUUAGAGAGAAUGAUAUGGACAGAUUUUAUAUCAAUCAUGAUGUGCAUGCCACACAUAAUCCUAACAGUGAAAACUUCUGUUGCUUGAAUAAUUUCCAAAACUUCAGCCAGUUCAUAUUAAGAACUUCCUGAUUCCAAAUGUUUACCCUAAUUUAUCCAAAUAUGGAUUCAGAAACCAAGAGCCUUAGCCCAGUUUAAUGGGCACAUCGUGGUAAUUGUUUUCUUGAAUACAGUUUUAUACCUCUGUGUACUUGAAUCAUAUGGAAGUAAUUUUUAAAUCAGAUGCUUUUGCCCAUCUAGCUUAAUAGGUUUUAGUAGCAUUAGGAAGUCUCCGUUUUCAAGUUAAAAAUAGAUAUCUUUCAAUUAAUGUCUGCUUUUGAAUAUUAUUCAAUUUACCUCAGUAUUCCUGCUGGCGGAAAAUGUUUCUUUUUCUCUCGUACUCCCAUUUCUACCAGUGUUUCAUGUUUGAGAUAGAGCAUAUCAAAAUGUUAUGUACUGCUGUGUGUCAGAGGAGGUUUGGGCUUGAAAUGUGAAAUUCUGCCUGUGUCGAACUCAAAGGAAAUUUUAUGUUUAUGGGACCUUAGUUUUACCCCAGAUCUCUAAACUUUAAUGUACCCUUUUGUAAUCCUUUCUUGGCCUAAAUGGAAUGUGACUGCAAUUUUCAACACCAGCUGGGCUCUGGUGUGUAUGGUAUUGGGUGCCCACCACAAAAGUUCCCCAUAUCUUCCACUGCUUUCAUUCUACUAAUAUCAUGGUAACCCUUCUUAAGUUUGUUAAUUGUCAGAUGGAAUAGGAUGGUUUUAAAAUAGCCAAAUCUCUUUAGAGACUGUGUGCCUUAAAGAAGUUAAGCCUCCACAGGAAUGGCUUGUGUAAAGUUAAGAAAUUAGACCUCAGACUCAAAUGUCUUGAUUUAGAGAGUGGGAAAGUUCUUCAUUAUUUCCAGAUGCAGUAUUUCUUUUAAUUUAGGUUAGCACUUUUACAUCUGAGAAUUGGUAUAGGACACAAACAAAGCAUAGCAAAGUAAUUUAUCUAUGUAAUUUGGAAGCAGCUAGUAAGUGCCAUUUAUAUAUCUUUUUUUUCUGUCCAUAAGGUGCACAGUUAGUGCACCUUUCUCUAGCUAGAAAAUCCUGCUGAAACAAUUCUGUUAAUAUGUUGAUGGGUGUUUUAUCAUUUGGGAUAGGGAAGAUGCCCCAGUAAAUUCCUAACAUCUUAGCAGCGGGUCUUUGCUAUUGAGCUGUAGUGCAAACAGAUUACUCAACUCUUGGGAUCCGUAAGAUGUUUUUCACUUCUGGUAGAUGGCCUGAAGGCACCCAGGUGGUGGUGGUUGUGCAGCUUGGUACUGCUUCAGGAAUCCUUUGUGCCUGGGGAAUUUUUUUUUCUACUUAGGAGCUUAAUACAGAAAUAGACUUGAGUGGUGAGGCACAGGCACUAAUUCAGAAGUUUUGUUAGAAUCCCUGUUCUGUAGGAAUUGGUACUCUAUAUUCUGGAAAAGAUUGCAGUCAUUUUUAUCACAAAGCUUCUAGAAGAGGUUUCAUGAUGCAAGGUGAGCCAUCUAAGAGUUUGUCACUACCAGAAACAGUGUGUUCGCUCUUGGCCAGAAGGUCACAACUACUUCUAGGGCACCAGCACUGGCGGCUGCUCCUGCUCAGCGUGUUUAACUAGCAGAAAGCCCGUGUGACCAGGAGAUGUGACAAGUUACCUGCCAAAAAACCUGAGUGAGCU